GAACCCUCCCGUAUAUUAUUCUGUCAUAAGACCCCCCCUCUCUCUAUAUACAUAUAUAUGCGCGCGGGCGCAGAAACACCCUUCUCUGAGUACCAUAAAGUUGGAAAGGAAGAAGAAAUUAAGCAAAGAUGGUGUCACAGACAGUUGAGCUGUUGAAGAAUGAGAUCCCUCUGGAGCAGGAGGCCUUUGUUUUGCCUCAAGACUCUGUGAAUGGUCUUGUUCUUGUGGACAUCAUCAAUGGCUUCUGCACUGUUGGCGCUGGAAAUCUGGCUCCAGCAGAACCCAAUAUGCAGAUUUCAGGGAUGAUUGAUGAAUCCGCAAGGCUGGCCAGAUUGUUCUGUGAGAAGAAACUCCCAAUUAUGGCGUUUCUGGAUUCUCACCAUCCAAACAAGCCAGAAGAUCCUUACCCUGCUCACUGUCUUAUCGGCUCUGAUGAAUCAAAUCUAGUUCCAGCAUUAAGAUGGCUAGAGAGCGAACCAAACGUGACAAUCAGACGUAAAGACUGUUUUGAUGGAUAUUUGGGCUCCAUGGAAGAAGAUGGCUCUAAUGUUUUUGCAGAUUGGGUUAAGAACAACAACAUCAAAACUUUGGUGGUUGUAGGAGUGUGCACAGAUAUAUGUGUUCUGGACUUUGUAAGUUCCACAAUGUCUGCUAAAAACAGAGGGUUUCUGAAUCCUUUGGAAAAGGUGGUGGUGUAUUCAAAUGGGUGUGCAACUUUUGACUUCCCUCUUGAUGUUGCCAACAUGAAAGGAGCUUUAGCUCAUCCUCAGGAGUUUAUGCAUCAUGUAGGUUUGUACAUGGCAAAAGAGAGAGGAGCCAAGAUAGCCAACCAAGUUUUGUUUGGUGAAGUGAAACCAUGAGGCUAUUCAACAAACUUGUCUACUUUGUAUUGCCCUUAUAUAUCUCAUAGAUAUGAAUAUGAUGCUUUAAUAAUGAGCCAAAAUGUAUUGGUCAUUUGGAGAUGAUUCUUCAGGAGCUUGUAUAAAUAUAAUAAUCACUGUAGUAUGUAAAAUUAGACUAUAUGUUCGUGUUAUACAUGAAGUUUGAAGUGAA